AUGGCAAUUGUAGCUGCGAUGACAUUGCAGACGACGUGGAUCCUGGUAUACGCAAUGGACAACCGGCAAGAGAAAUCCCAGAACAACAUCGCGGGGUCUACAGGAGCACGAGGUCGGGAGAAAACAGGAACAAAAGUGGCUGUUAUCCAGUGGCCUGAGAUCAUGCCAGAAUCAAAUUUCAGCAAUGCGACGGACAACAAGAUCAGUGGUUCUGCACCCACAAAAGCUGCUGAUAUAACAAGUGAAGAAAUUAGUACAAUUAAAAUACCAACAGAUCCUCAGGAACAACCGAACGAUCCGAAAAUCUUGGAGACGGCUACAACGAAGCCGUCCGAGCGCGCCUAUGACUCCACAGCUACUUUGAUGAAUGACUCUGCUGUGACUCAAGCACCCGUCAUAUUGAACCAAGGCAGUUAUUCUCUAAUUCUUUUAAUUUUAGCGGGCUUCUGUUGUAUAUUUCUACUUCUUUGGGGAUGGAAAAGACGUUCUAGCUUAUUUUAUAGCUCAACUGCAUCGGGAAAUGCCAAUACGAAGGGGUCCAAAGUGCAAUACACUCAUGUACCAAACGAGCAACCAUUCAGCCACUGUCAAUAUGACGAUGAUGAGUUUUGCGACGACUUCACUGAGAACGAUUUAGCGAACGAUUGUGAAAGCUGGGACGACUGGGAAAAUAGCUCCUCACAAGAUCAAGUCUCCCAGAUAAACCCUUUUGCUUCAGCACCCUCGAUUUUGUCGCCAAGAAUUAUACCAAAUGCGACUACUGGUCACAACUCUCAGCUUCUGCAUUCCUCUCAUCACCAAUUUAAUGAUACUGCGACCUUAAACAGAGAUGCUGAUCCGACAAGCCUUUGCGAUGCGGUGAUUGAAAUAGAGAAGGAACGCGAAAGCUGCGAAGAUCUGUUCAGUCAAUUUGGCAUGAAACCAGACUUUAAAAAGCAUUCGGCAGCUUAUACUACAUAA